AGGUGUGAUAGUUUAAUUAUGUCAUAUUGGUGUAUAACAGUUUACUUUAGGAAGAACUUUUUUUGUUUUGACAUCAAAUAAUCUGACAAUUUUGACAUAUAGAACAUUAAAUUCUAUUUGUUGUUGAUUCAUUUUGUACAUUAUUUAUUUACCUUUUUAUUCUUAAUUUAUUUUUCCAUUGCGGUGAAUCUAUACACAUAAAUAGUUCGUGAUAUUAUUAAAUUAUUAAAAUAACUCAAAAAAUUCAAUUAUCGAAAAAGGAGCCGAAUCAACUUGAUCUUCUUAAAAAAAACUUUAUUUAAAAAUAAUCCAGGAAUUCGUCUUACAUAAUGAAUAACUUUUUAAAGGAAUGUUUUAAAACGAAAACUAUUACAAAUAUUUGUUAUAUAUUGGGGAAUGAAAGUUGUGAUUUAGACUCAGCAGUUUGCGCAAUAUCUUUAGCAUAUUUUUAUUACUACAGUAAAAAUAAAAUUUUUCAUAAAAAAACAUAUAAUGCGUUUAUACCAAUUUUAAAUGUUUCACGAAGUAAUUUUCCAAUAAAAUCUGAAGUUGUUUAUUAUUUUAAACAACAUGAAAUUAAUAGCGACAAUAUUUGUUUUAUGGAUGAUAUUGAUGAAAGAUUUUUGCAAUCCAACGAUAUUGUUCUAGUUGACCAUCAUUUUUCACCGUAUCGUGAUUCAGUAAUUCAAGUAAUAGAUCAUCAUCAAUUUGAUUCAAAUUGCAAUUUAAGAAAUGAUUGUGAUACAAAAAUUGAUUUAGUUGGUUCCUGUUCAUCUUUAAUAGCGGAUUUAAUAUUAAAAUCACAUAAUCCAGAAGAAUAUAAAGAAGUUUUGAAAUUACUUUAUGGUCCAAUUGUUUUAGAUACUGUAAAUUUUUCUAAAGAAGCGGAUAAAGCUAGACAAUUAGACCUUGAUGUUAGCGAAAAAAUUGAAAAAAUAUUUUCUAUAACUUCUGAACAUAAACAAGAUAUAUUUGAAAGUUUAGUUAAAGCUCGUGCAGCUAUCGAUGGCCUGAAUGCAUAUCAAAUACUUUUUAAAGACAUGAAAUUGGUAUUGAAUCAAGCGAAAACAUUUAAAAUUGCAAUUCCUGGCUAUCCUAUAUUAGUACAAGAGUAUAUUAAAAUGGAUAAUGCUGAAAAUUAUGUAAAAGAAUUCUCAGAAUCUCAGAAUUGUUCCAUAAUUGUUCUAAUGGGAAUGAAAAUUGUUGAAGGUUCUGUUGAAAGAGAUUUAGGUAUUAUAAAUAUCAAUAAUAGAGAAUUAUUUGAAAAUAUUGUAAAUGGUAUAAGAAAUUGUAAAGAACCAAAUUUAAAUGUAGAAGAAUACGAAAAUUGUAAAUUUUUGAAUGGUGUUUUUUUCCGUCAAAAUAAUGUUAAAGCAUCAAGGAAACAGAUUUUGCCUUUAGUAAAGUCUAUAAUGGAAGAUCAUAGAUAAUUUUAUUAAGUUUAGUAUUUAUUAUAAUAUAGAUUUUUUGCUUUUAUUUUUUUUUUCAAUAAAUUUCUUUGAAUACGUAUUAAUUCUAGGAAAACAUAAUAAUAAAAUAUUCUUUAUUGUUAAAUGCUAUUAGCAGAAUACAUUCUUAUUGCAUUAAUACAACAAAAAUUAAUAUUUUUUCAAAUUAUUGGAAUAAAUUCA